UGAGACAUUGGUUCGGAUUGAUUGGUUUCACAAAAAUUGGGUGGUUUAUAAUAACAUAUCAGAAAUGCAAGGAGUUAAAUUGCAAACUACGCCGAAAACAUUUAAGACGGCGACGUUUUGAUAGUCAUCGUCAACUUCGACAAACAUACAAUAGAAAUUGAUCAUCGUCAAGCACGUCCGAAUCAAGGAAAAAAAAAGAAAGAAAGAGAUUCGCCGCACGUUGUUCAAAUCGAAAAUUUUGAAAGAAGGAAAGCGACACUCAGCAGAUCUUACCAUCUUUUCUUAACCUGGAAGAUUAAUCAGACACCGAGAGAGAGAAAGUUAUAUAACACUUUCGUAAACAAAACAAAAAAAGGUUGGACCUUUAGAGAGAAAGAGAGAGAGAGAGGUUUUGAUGGUGUUGUUGACAAAUCAACAGAUCGGGACAUGGAAAAGGAAACGAAUUUUGGUUGGAUCGUUGUUAAUAUGCUGGCUAAUCUUAAUGUUCUUCACUCCCAAAGUUCCUCUUCAUUCCUUCAGACACCAUGUCUUCGCUGAUAAGCGCAAUUUCAUGGGAGUGCCAAAUACAUUGAAUGUCAUGACCAACUUUCCUUUUCUUAUUAUUGGUGUUCUUGGUUUCGUUCUUUGCCUUGGAGGAAGUUUCUUUAAUAUCAGUUUGAAAGGUGAGAUCUGGGGAUGGACGCUGUUCUACGCAAGCGUUUCAAGCUUGGCCUUUGGCUCUGCUUAUUAUCAUCUCAAACCUGAUGACAACAGAAUCGUCUGGGACACUUUGCCUAUAUUGAUUGCGUAUUCGUCGCUUUUCUCUAGUUUUUUGGUUGAGAGAGCGGGGGAGAGAGUAGGAUUGAGUUGCCUCGUCUUGCUUCUGUUCAUAUCAGUUUUCAGCGUUGCUUACGCCAGAGUGUUUAAUGAUCUCCGGUUAUGCCUCACGUUCCAGUUGAUUCCCUGCCUGGUGAUACCCGUAAUGACUGUUUUGUUACCUCCCAAGUAUACUCACUCUAGGUUCUGGCUCUUGGCAACAGCGGCUCACGCUGUUUCCAAGAUCGAAGGACUUGCAGACAGCAAAAUAUACAAUUUUAAUGGAUAUACAAUUAGUGGCCAUUCGCUUGGACAUUUGUGUUCAGCAUUGGCUAUGGUUUUACUUACCGUUAUGCUUUUGUACAGAAGCAUUCGGUUUCCGAGAUUAAGUGAACUCAAAGGCCAUCCUUGACAUCCAUUGAUGACUGCUCUUUCCCUCUAUUUUUUUUUGUAAUUCGGAUCCUUGACAGAAGAUUUUGUUGGAUUGUUAAGUAAAUUUUGUUUGCUUACUAAUAAAUUUGAUUUAGCUUUUUUUAGUUUUAAGACGAUAGACAAUUUCUUAAAUCGGAUUCAUUCUGAAGCGUGGUGUUUUUGGAUUAAUACAAAGAUUAUCUCCCUUGAGAUUCAGCUUCUCCAAAAGCAAUAUGGAGUUUUUAUAUGAAAAUCUUUAGUCAUCCAUACGCAAGAUGUGUUGUUAGUUUACUUUGGAUCCCUACUGGUGUAUCCCUUUUUUACUCUUUUGUUUUGAUAAUUCUCAUUGUUUAGAACUUUCUGACUAUAAGAUUUAAUAAUACAAUCCAGCGUUAAAAAAAAGACGAUAGACAAUUUUUAUUGUAUUGAAAUGUGUUAUUUUCCUUAUUCAUCACCUUAUUGAAGACUUUGGGUUUAACAAGCAACAUGAAAAUGUAACACAGCAAUAGCAUUACAGAGGUGAAUGGAGAUAACAACAAACAAUG